AUGGGAAAAUCAGGUAAAGGAAAAGGAGGAAAGAAUAGAAGAAGAGGAAAGAACGAUAACAGCGGGCAGAAGAGAGAAUUAAUCUUGAAAGAAGAAGGACAAGAGUAUGCUCAAAUCACCAAAAUGUUGGGAAAUGGUAGAAUUGAAGUCCAAUGUUUCGAUGCCGUGAAAAGAAUGGGCCACAUUAGAGGUAAGAUGAGAAAGAAAGUUUGGAUGGGUCAAGGUGACAUUAUUUUGGUCAGUUUGAGAGAUUUCCAAGAUGAUCAAUGUGAUGUUGUCCACAAAUACAACUCCGAUGAGGCAAGAUCAUUGAAACAGCUAGGUGAAUUACCAGAGAAUGCCAAGAUUAACGAAACCGAUACAUUUGGUGCAGACGAUGAUGAAGAUGUCAAUUUCGAAUUCGGUGGAGCUGACGACAGUGAAUCUGAAGAUGAGGAGUUGGACAUUGAUGAUAUCUAA